AUGAGUGAAGAUAAAACUCUAACAAAAAUUCCUCACUUCGACGGUCACUAUGAUCAUUGGAGUGAACUGAUGGAAAAUUUGCUUAGAGCAAAGGGUCUGUGGAGUUUAGUGGAAAUUGGUUUUACAGAACCAAUAGAAGGAACGAUACUAACUGAGGCACAACGGGAGCAGUUCGAUGAUGCUAGACUCAAAGAUCACCAAGUCAAGCAUUACCUCUUUCAAGCGAUUGAUCGAACUGUCUUUAAGCAAAUCUUGGACCGUCGCACAGCCAAGAGUGUUUGGGACUCACUGAAACGGAAGUUUGGUGGGAAUCUAAAGGUGAAGAAAUCUCUUCUUAAUGCACUAAGGAGAGAGUUUGAGGUUCUAGAGAUGAAGAAUGAUGAAACCAUCACUGAUUACUUUGCAAGAGUAAUGAUGGUCUCCAAUAAGAUGAGGAGCAAUGGAGAAGAAAUGCCAGACAAGAAAAUUGUAGAGAAAAUCCUACGCACUCUAACUGACAAAUUUACAUAUGUUGUAGUGUCCAUCGAAGAAUCAAAGGAUAGUGAUACUAUGUCCAUUGAUGAGUUACAGAGUUCGUUAGUGGUGCAUGAACAGAAAUUUCGACGUCCUAGCAACAAUGAUGAGGAUCAAGUGCUGAAUGUUAUAGGUCGAUCAAGUACAAAUAACAGAGGAAGAGGAACUUAG